AUGACAACGAACUCUUUCGCUGAACGCCUGCGGGCUGGGGAACGACUGCUGGCUGCAUCGGCGACGAUUUCACCGGUGGUUGCCGAGAUGCUCGGCCGCGCGGGAUUCGACUGGCUGUUCAUCGAUGCGGAGGCGUUUCCGCUCACAAUGCCCGACAUUCUCGAACGGGCACGUGCCAGCGAAAUAGCCGGCACAAGCGCGGUUGUUCGCAUGAACAAUGAUGAUCCAGCGGAUAUCAGGCAGAUUCUCGACAUGGGUGUUGCGGGCGUCAUCAUUCCGCUUGUGAAGACGGCCGAACAGACGCGCAGCAUCGUUGCGGCCGCGCGCUUCGCGCCCGUGGGUACGCGGGGCGUGACGGCCGGUCGUUCGCGGCUUUACGGUUACGGCGAAAACGCUGCGGACUACGUCGCCAGGGCGAACCGGGAGACCGCGAUCAUCGUCAUGGUCGAAGAAGAACAGGGACUUGCUAACGUGACAGAGAUCGCAGCCGUCGAUGGCCUCGACGGCAUCUUUGUCGGGCCAGGUGACAUGGCGGUUAGCCUGGGUUGCCCGAACGAGCCAAUGCAUCCGGAUAUGCAGUCCGCAUUCAGGACCAUUGCCGCAGCAGCAAGGGCCAAUGAUGUUGCCAUUGGAACAUUUCCCUCAAACAGAGAAAUGUACGACCUGUGUUACAGAGAAGGCUACAGGUUCUUCCUUGCCGGACUCGACACCGGACUCAUCAAAUCGGCAGCCGCGGCCAGGCUGGCAGAAAUAAGGAGCUGUUACGCGCAGCCAGAUUGGCUUGUUUACAAGGAACGUCUGGCCAAAAGUCUGCCUCCGCGGGUGAGGGCAGAGGACAUCUGGCGAAUUCCGCAAGAGUUCUUGAAAUCAGCACAGGACGAUGCGACGCGCCUGGCCAUUAAGGACAUGGAAGAAGCUGGACUUGACAUUAUUACCGACGGUGAGAUUCGCCGUGAGAGUUACUCGAAUCGUUUUGCAACCGCACUCGAUGGGGUGGAUAUCGAGAACGCGGGCAAGGCCAUGGACAGGACUGGCAAAAUGCACGAAGUGCCACGGGUUGUCGGACCCAUCCGGCGUAAGCACGCAGUUGAAGUGGAGGAUGCCCAAUUCUUACUCGCCAACACUACUCGCACACCGAUGAUCUCCGUUCCGGGCCCGUUCACAAUGAGCCAGCAGGCCCAAAACGACUACUACGAUAGUGUCGGUGAUCUGGCACUGGCCUACGCCAAGGCCGUCAACGCUGAAAUUCGUGAUCUGCAUGCUGCUGGGGCUGAAAUCGUAAUUAUCGACGAGCCAUACAUGGAAGCGAAUGCUGAUGCCGCUCGUGAGUAUGGUGUCGCCGCGCUGCAGAAAGCGCUUCAGGGAAUCGAAGGCACGACGGCUGUCCACAUUUGUUUCGGCUACGGCCAGAAGGUGAAGGAGAAGCCCGAUCAGUAUCACUUCAUGGCUGAAAUGAAGGACGUGCCUUGUGAUCGCAUCUCCAUCGAGACUGCCCAGCCGGGUCUGGAUUGCUCGGUCCUAAAGCAGCUACCAGAGCACAACAUCAUGCUCGGGGUCCUCAACCUGGGUAGGCCACAGGUCGAUCCAGUGGAAGAAAUUGUCAACCGCGUAGAAAGAGCACUACCAUAUAUCGAUAAGGAACGCGUCAUCUUGGCACCGGACUGCGGAUUGAAGUAUCAACCUCGCGAGCGCGCCUUCGGCAAGUUGAAGAACAUGUGCGAAGCGGCGGCGCGGCUGCGCGGGCGGUACGGAACCGCCGACGAGUCCGAAUGA